CUAUUCGACCCGAUGUUAUCGGCAAGUUUGCACGGACGCAAAUUCCAUCACUACACAGCUGUUUUGCGAAACCCAAUUGUUGACAAAACUUCAUACUUUAAAAAAGGCUAAAUAAACAAUUGGCCAAUCUCUAAGAGCUGGAGAACCGCAGAUAGUUCUACACCAGAAGUGAUGGAUAGCCAGGCACCCAUCGAUGAUCUGCUCCUGGACAUUGUAGACAAUGCUUGGCGCAUGGAAGUUCUGCCCUUCGAUCAGAUUUUAGUGCCGCAGGAAAAGCUACCCGACCCAGAGGCCGACGGCGGUGAUUCACACUUAACACUCAGCGAGCAGGAACAAAAGUGGACUGAUUUGGCACUGGGCUCGCUGGCACCGGAUGCGGCCCUUAUCGAUCAGCUCAACAUUACCUCUAUCUAACCAAGGACCCUGAGUCCCACCACGAGCUCCGUCAGCUCGCCAACCCUUUUAAUACCCCAAGUUUUACUCACAACCCCACGGCACCAUGACUAGCAAUAACAACACCAAUAACGGAAACAA